GACCAGCAUCUGACCUCAGGGGCAAAACCAGGCCCAGGGAGCACCCUGAGCGGCAAAAGCGGGCGCCCUCAGGCACCAUGAGUGGCCGAGUCGGGGACCUGAGCCCCCAGCAGCAGGAGGCCCUGGCCAGGUUCCAGGACAACCUCCAGGACCUGCUGCCCACCAUGCCCAAAGCUGAUGACCACUUCCUCCUGCGCUGGCUGCGAGAAGUUCGACCUGAAGAAAUCCGAGGACAUGCUCCGCAAGCACCUCGAGUUCCGGAAGCAACAGGACCUGGACAACAUCCUCGCGUGGCAGCCGUCAGAGGUGAUCCAGCGGUACGACUCGGGCGGUCUGUGCGGCUACGACCACGAAGGCUGCCCCGUGUGGUUCGACAUCAUCGGGAACCUGGACCCCAAGGGCCUCCUCCUGUCGGCCUCCAAGCAGGAGCUGAUCCGGAAGCGCAUCAAGGUCUGUGAGCGGCUUUUGCAGGAGUGUGAGCUGCAGAGUCGGAAGCUGGGCAGGAAGAUCGAGACGGUGCUGAUGGUGUUUGACCUGGAGGGGCUGGGCCUGCAACACCUGUGGAAGCCAGCUGUGGAGGUCUACCAGCAGUUUUUCGCCAUCAUGGAAGCAAAUUAUCCUGAGACACUGAAGAAUUUACUUAUUGUUCGAGCCCCCAAGCUGUUCCCUGUGGCCUUCAACUUGGUCAAGUCGUUCAUGAGUGAGGAGACUCGACAGAAGAUAGUGAUUCUGGGAGGCAACUGGAAGCAAGAGCUGCCAAAGUUCAUCAGCCCCGACCAGCUACCUGUGGAAUUUGGGGGGACCUUGACCGACCCCGAUGGCAACCCCAAGUGCCUGACCAAGAUCAACUACGGAGGCGAAGUGCCCAAGAGCUACUACCUGCACAACCAGGUGAAGGUGCAGUAUGAGCACACGGCGACCGUGGGCCGCGGCUCCUCCCUGCAGGUGGAGUUUGAGAUUCUGUUCCCGGGCUGUGUGCUCAGGUGGCAGUUUGAAUCGGAGGGAGCGGACAUCGGCUUCGGGGUUUUCCUGAAGACCAAGAAGGGGGAGCGGCAGCGGGUGGGGGAGAUGACGGAGGUGCUGCCCAGCGAGCGUUACAACGCCCACCUGGUGCCCGAGGACGGGAGCCUCACCUGCCUCCAGGCCGGCGUCUACGUCCUGCGCUUCGACAACACCUACAGCCUGAUUCACGCCAAGAAGGUCAGCUACACCGUGGAGGUGCUGCUCCCCGACAGGGCCUCCCAGGAGAAAAUCCAGGGUCUCGAGGCGACAAAUCCAUCCCCGGCACAAUGAAGACCCUGCUGCCUCUGCGCCUGGGUUCUCCACCCCCCUCUGCACCCACUCCCUGUCCCCUGCCCCCCACCCCAGGCAGGGUGCUGCUGGAGGCCACCCAGAGGGCACUCAUCUCCCCUCACCAUCUCAGCUCCUCCUGGCACACCUGGCCCAGGGGCCAAGCAGGAGGGGGACACCCAGCGCGUAGACCACCCUGAGGAUCCCGACGGGCAUCUGAUGACCUGUCUGCAAAGGCUGGGGAUGAACCAGCGUCCACUGAGGAAGAAUUCCGCCUGCAGAGCUGCCCCGAGUCCCUCCUGACAACGCCCACCUGUCCCAGGACCCCCCACACCCGGCGCCCGGGCUUGGCGGCCUGAGCCCCAGGCCUCGCAGGGAGCACAGCUUCAGGCCCUAAGAGCAGGGAGGCCGCGUUCUCUGCCGGAAGCGGCUCAAGGGGACGGGCAGGGCCAGCUGGAGGCUUGAGCGUCUGUGCAGGAGCUCCGACGCCAUGAGGAGCAGACCAGCUAAAUGAAGCAAAAGGCCAGCGCCCGUGCGUGAGGCGCUCCUCGUCUGCCAGGGAGUGUGAGUGGUUUGG